CCGGUACAUAGGCGCAGCCCGGCGUGUCCUUGGAGUUAGACGGCAGGACGUCCGGCUUCCAGCUCGUAACUUUAGUACUGUUAGCAACCAAAGAGAGGUGGAUUUUCGUCAGUCACCUUGAAAGCGACCUGGAUGGGUGAACGACCUCGUGGUCGUCUCCGGGCAACUCAUGGGGAGAAGGGAUGUCCAUGUCCUUGCAGCCCUCUCCUGUGCUGUCAUCUCAGCGUGGCAAGUUAGAGUGACAAGCUACACCUGUGACCUGAGCAGAAUUAAAUAUGGGUGAUAUUGAGAAAGGCAAGAAGAUUUUUGUUCAGAAGUGUGCCCAGUGCCAUACUGUGGAAAAAGGAGGCAAGCACAAGACUGGACCAAAUCUCCAUGGUCUCUUUGGGAGGAAGACAGGUCAGGCUUCUGGCUUCUCUUACACAGACGCCAAUAAGAACAAAGGUAUAACCUGGGGAGAAGAUACACUGAUGGAGUAUUUGGAGAAUCCCAAGAAGUACAUCCCUGGAACAAAAAUGAUCUUCGCUGGCAUUAAGAAGAAGGGAGAAAGGGCAGACUUGAUAGCUUAUCUCAAAAAAGCUACAAAUGAGUAAUAGAUGGCCAUUGCCUUAUUUAUUACAAAAGAGAAAUAUCUCACGGCUUUUUUUUAUGUGUACCAUAAUUUAAUUGGUCUCAUUUACCAGAAUUCAGAUCAUGAAUGAGUGACAGAAUAUUUUUGUUGGACAGUCCCCGUUUAACUAAGUCUGGCUUGUGGUUAAAUGAAUAUGAUCGGUUUUUUGGAUUUUGAUAGUGAUUCCAGUUCAGUAAAUGCAUCACUGUUUUCCAUUUCUAAAGAUAUGUUCAUAUUUAAUUAGCAAUGUUUACCUUUUCACAAAGAUAGUAAAUUGCCAUCCCAAAGCCUAUUGAAGAUUGGUUUUAUAUUAAGAUUUAUAUAACUGAUUAUGUGUAUAUAUUUAAAUACUGGGGAAAUCUCCUCACUGUCUCAGAACCAAGCAAGACUCACUGAUGUUUUAAUUGGUGUUCAUUAGCCUGUUAAAGGUGAGAGCUGGAGAGAGGGUAGCAAUGUUUACUUUGUACUUUUGAUCUUUAUCACGCCAAUAUAAUUUCCCUGGGUCUACUAAAAUGCUGCCUUUUAUUUAUUGAAAGGCAUUUUAGUGUGGUUUAUGUGUAAUGUCAAAUAAAAAAUAUUUAACAUUUAUUUUAUAGACAAUCUAUAAGGUCAUGCUUUGAAAAGUCAAUAUGUCAAGAAAUGGCAAAUUAAACUUUUGAAUUAUUUACUACCUAAGUCAGGUUAAGUUAUAAUUUGGGAUUGUCUUUCAGCAACUCUUCAGAAACACAUAAAACUGUGUAACAACUAUAUGUGUGUGAUUAGUAAUGGUGCUUUUGCCAACUCAUUACGUGAAUUAGAAGAGAUAUACACAGAUUUUAAAAUGAUGUGUGAUCAUAACAUAAUUAAAAACAAAAAUCACAGAUCACAAUUUUUUGACUGCCUGAUUUAACGACUAAUGACAAAAUUUGUACAAUAGUCCUCAAAUAUUGUGUGGUAAUUUACCAGUCAUGGUACUAGAUUGUGUUUACUUGAUCCUCUAGGACAGCUUAAACUGGAAUAACACUUGACUAAUUCACACUUAACUAGUUUCUUUGUCGAGAAGGAGAAGUGCAGCAUUUAUGCCAGGCAUGGAUAGAAUACUUCCAGUCAUAACUUUGUGAUGUGUAACACCGGUAAUUACACACUAAAUCAUUUUGUGCACAGUGCAUGCCAUACGUGUUUAAAUACUGCACUUUAUCUUAGCCAAAAGGCCAAGAAGUGAUACCAUACACAUUUAGAGUAGUCCUUGGGAACUUCAUGGAGAUGGUGAGCCUGAACUAAGCUAUAAAGAAUGACAGGGGAAAUGAGAGAGCUAUGGCUUUGUGGGUUAGUAAGGAGAUUGGGAAGAGGGCCUCAUUUAUGAUUUCAAAGUAAUAAGAAUAAUUAAAUGAGCCUUUAAUGUCUGGCAAAGGUCUUGUAACAUGUGAGUCUUAUUUUCAUUUAUAGAGAAAUGUGAGGAAGCAAAGUCUAGAAACAGAAACAAUUUCUGCUAAAAUUCAGAUUUUUGAAGUCUUGCCUGAGUUGUGGUAGGAGAUAAAAAAAAUACAUCCUGGAAAUCCUUCAAAGUUUUCAGCCUUUGAAGUCCUUAUAACAGGAAAUGGUGACUGCAUUAAGUUGGCAGUAUUCAGAGACAGUGUAGCUGUUACUUUAUGGGGACAAUUCUGGACUAAUUGGAAAAAUACAAAAACUAGGGAGUUGAUUUCCAAUUUUUUGCAUCCUGGGAGUGAUACAGAAUAUGAGCAUUGCAAUGAGAUGGCUACAGAAAUUAGGCCUAGUCUUGGACCUUUCAUCUUGGUUAGUUUACAAAUUCAGAAAUUUGAUUUUAUUAUUUAACACAGAAGUGAUGAAGCUCUGGUGACUUAGCCAUCAUCAAUCAAGCUGACUGAUGCUGGUUAAUUCAUAUACAAGUAAUCUUUCUUGAGAGCUUAAAUUGAUUAUACAGGGUGUCCAUAAAGUUCAGGAUUACAGGCAUAAGUCACAGUGCCCAGCCUCAACUUUUUUUCUUCUUUUACAAGUUUAAAAAGUUUCUCAUUUCUGUGCCUCCUACGUCAGCUGUCAUAGGCCAGUUUUGCUCAAAUAAGUACCUCUGGGGAUUAUGAUGUAAGUGAUGUAUAAUUGAAAAGAAGGGACAUUCCUUGCAGUAAGUGGUCUAUAUCCUUAGAAAUAAGGAAAUUGAGACAAAAAAGCGAACACUAACCCACAUGUCUUCAUUUCUAGUGCUUCACUGUGAGUGAUUUGGUUAGUGGUAUCAAAAAUGAAAGUCAGAUACAAGAGUUUAAGUUCUUCCAAGUGCCACCUACAGUUUUGAUUUUGCAUAUAGCAGCACUGUCCAAUACAACUUUCUGUGAUGAUGGAUUUCUUCUAGACCAAUGGUGGUCACUAACCACAUACGGCUAUUGAGCCUCUGAGAUACGGCUGUGGUAAAACUGGAUUUAUUUUUAACUUAAAUUUACAUAACUGCAAAUGGGCUGGGGGCUACUGGAUUGACACCAUGGGUGUAGGACUAGAAUUCAGUGGUUUGUAAGAAAACUACUUCCCUUAGCCUAUUAAUCUAGGAUUCUUACAAGUACACUAUAAUGUCCUUAAGAACACUGAUUCCAUUCCUACUUCUAAAUCAGAUGUGCUCCACAAUUUUGUUUUACAUAUUCCAGUUAUAAGCUGACAGUUCAUUUUGGACAGGAGGCACUCUGGUAGUACCAGGGAUGUACCCUUAUGUCAUCCUUUUCCUACACUUUUCUCUAAUUUAUUCGUGAACAUUAUAUUUACUUACAUUUUCACUUUAAUCACUGAAGAUGGUUGUGAAUUACAAAGGGUGUGGUCUAAUUCACAUGGCUCUCUAGGAAAAGGCCAGGGAGUAGCCUUCCAGUUGGCUAGUCUCAGGCUGUUCCAUGGUCAAACUCGGGCAAGAAUAAAUGACA